UUUUUAGAUCAUUGUUGUGAUCAUUGUUUUUAUGAUUGUUCUACUUCCUUUUUUGUGAUUAUUGUUUUUAUUAUUGUUUUUAUGAUUAUUCUACUUCCUUUUAUGUAAAGCACUUUGAAUUACCUCUGUGAAUGAAAUGUGCUAUAUAAAUAAACUUGCCUUGCCUUGCCUAUAUGUCAACUUAUUCUACAAACCCUAAACUUAACCUAACAGUCUGCUCUUAAUAGACAUGUAGUUGCAAAUUAAUGAGAAUUAGUUGACAUGUUGUUGCAAAGUUAUUUAUAGUUAAUAGAAUGUCUAAAGUGGACUAUCAAAAUAAAGUGUAACCUUGUUUUUCUCUUGGACGUAACAUGUUCCCUACUUCGACAAAGUUAAUAAGUAGAAGCCAUAUGAUGUGUAAAGUCCACACAAUUUUAUUGUGAAAGUGCAUGCACAAACAACCUUAAGUUUUGAUUGAACAGUCGGACGCUGUGGAUGCAAAAUCAGGAUUAUGGAAUAACCUGUGGUAACACUUUUUUUCUCAAUUCCUUUUCUUCUUCUUUUCUUUUUUUUAAUAGGAAAAAAGCUGAAAAACAACACACCAGUGAGUCCAAGCUAUGGAAAAAGGCUAAAAUACAACACACCAGCGAGUCCAAGCUAUGCCACAGACACUACCUCUAAAAUGAGUCUUAAAAAGAAGAUGGAGGGAAACACUGCAGACUCUAAAGAACCCAGCUGUGUGUCUAUGAAGAGUAACAUAUCUAUGGAGCAGCCCCUCGGUUUCAGUGAUAGAGAAGUGACCUCUGACCCUGGCAGUGGUGAAAGGAAAAAACUGAUCCAUGUUCAGUCCAGAUGUGGAGUUUGUGAGCAGCUUCUGAGAGAUCCGGUAUCUAUCACCUGUGGACACAUUUUCUGCGGACAGUGCAUCAGCUGCUAUUGGGAUAAAUCCAGACCAUCAGAAGACUUUGCCUGUCCUAAAUGUAGAAAGCGAUCCAAAACAUGUCCUGUUCUGCAAACACAUCAUGUCAUAGGAGGAUCCAACUCUGCUGAUUUGUAUCAUUGUUAUACAUCUUCAGCCCUACAGGAGGAGAUUGGAAACCUGCAGAAACCAGUGAAUGAUGAACUGCAGAGAGUCAAAGAGCAACACAAAACCAGCUUGAAGAACAAGUAUGACAGCAUUUUAGAGGGAAUGGGACUCCAAGAGAAUAAAACCCUCCUGAACAAGAUCUACACACAGCUCUACAUCAUGGAGGGAGAAACUGAAGGGGUGAAUGAAGAACAUGAGGUUUUACAAAAGGAGAAAUCAGACCAAAUGCAAAAGUCACAAGACACUCCAAUCAACUGUAAUGAUAUCUUUAAACCCUUACCUGAACCAGGAUGUGAGGAAAAAGUCAAAAUCAAAGCUGUUCUUACUAAAGGCAUUGCUGGAAUUGGAAAAACCGUCUCUGUGCAGAAGUUUAUUCUGGACUGGGCUGAGGGAAAAGCCAAUCAGGAUGUAGACUUCAUGUUUCUUCUUCCAUUUCGAGAGUUGAACUUGAUUAAAGAUCAUCAGUACUGUCUUCACAGACUUCUGCUGGACUUUCACCCUGAACUUCAAAAUCUGGACUCAAAGGUUUAUAAAGGGUGUAAAGUUGUUUUCAUCUUUGAUGGUCUGGAUGAAAGCAGAGUAACACUGAUGUUUUCAGACAGUGAGAAAGUUUCUGAUGUGACUGAGAGUUCAUCAGUAGAUGUGUUGAUAACAAACCUCAUGAAAGGAGAGCUGCUUCCCUCUGCUCUCAUUUGGAUCACUUCCAGACCAGCAGCAGCCAGUCAGAUCCCAUCCAAUUACGUUAGCCGUGUAACCGAAAUUCAGGGAUUCAAUGACCCUCAAAAGGAAGAAUAUUUUAGGAAGAGAAUCAGUGAUGAGCAUCAAGCCAGCAGGAUCAUCUCAUACAUUAGAAGAGCAAGAAGCCUCCACAUCAUGUGUCACAUACCUGUCUUCUGCUGGAUCUCAUCCACUGUGCUUCAAAACCUCUUGAAACAAGAUGACAGUGCAGAAAUCCCUCAAACUCUGACUAAAAUGUACAUCCACUUUUUGCUUAUUCAAAUCAACAUGAGGAAUCAGAAAUAUGAAAAGAAAGAUCCAGAGAAGUCCAGCAGAGAAGUGAUUGUGAAACUUGCUGAAGUGGCAUUCAGACAACUGAUUAAAGGCAAUGUGAUGAUCUAUGAGGAGGAUCUGAGAGAGAGUGGCAUAGACAUCACAGACGCUGCAGUGUAUUCUGGGAUUUGCACUGUGAUUUUUAAAGAGGAAUCUGUGAUUCAUCAGAGGAAAGUCUACAGCUUUAUACAUUUGAGCUUUCAGGAGUUUCUUGCUGCUUUCUAUGUGUUUUACAAUUAUGUAAUGAGACAUACUGACACAUUGAUGUUCUUUGAUGUAGUCCAUAAUUUGCACAAGGAUACAGUCAAUAAAGCCCUUGAGAGUAAAAAUGGACACUUGGAUCUUCUCCUGCGGUUCCUGCUGGGCAUCUCACUGGAGUCCAAUCAAAGACUUUUACUGGGUCUACUGACACACACAGAAAACAGUUCAGAGAGCAUCAGGAAAACCACACAGUACAUUAAAAAGAAGAUCAAAGAUGGACAAGGACUCUCCACUGAAAGAUCAAUCAAUCUGUUCCUCUGUCUGCUGGAAGUGAAGGAUCAGACUCUGUCCAGUGAGAUUCAGGAGUUUGUGAAAUCAGACAAAAAUUCUGAGAAGAAACUCUCUCUUGCUCACUGCUCAACAAUUGCCUACAUGCUUCAGAUGUCAGAGGAGGUGCUGGAUGAACUGGAUCUCAAGAAAUACAACACAUCAGAUGAGGGCAGAAGGAGACUGAUACCAGCUGUGAUCAACUGCAGAAAAGCUCUUCUUGCUGGCUGUAAUAUUACUGACCAAAACUGUGAAACUGUAACAUCAGCUCUACAAUCCUCAAACUCUGUCCUAAGAGAGUUGGACCUGAGUAACAAUGAUCUGAAGGAUUCAGGAGGAAAGUUGCUCUCUGAUGGCCUGAAGAGUCCAAACUCUCAGCUGGAGAUACUGAGGUUGUCUGGCUGUAUGGUGACAGAAGAAGGCUGUAGUUAUCUGUCUUCAGCUCUGAGUUCAAACCCCUCACACCUGAGAGAGUUGGAUCUGAGCUACAAUCACCCAGGAGAAUUAGGAGUCAAGCUGCUCUCUGACAAACUAGAGGAUCCAAACUGCUCACUGGAGAUACUCAACUUGGACUAUGGAGAGCCUUUCAGGAUCCAACCAGGACUACAAAAAUCAAACACUCAACUCAUUCUGUCUGAGAAUGGAGAGGUGAAGUAUGUGGAAACCCACCAGCCUUAUCCUGAUCAUCCAGAGAGAUUUAAAGAUAUUCCUCAGGUUCUGUGUCGAGAGAGUCUGACUGGACGCCAUUACUGGGAGGUUGAACGGACUGGCUGGACCCGUGUUUCAGUGGCCUAUAAAACAAUCAGCAGGAAAGAAGGAACGAUCUGUAAGUUUGGGUACAAUAACAAGUCCUGGUGUCUUUUCUGCACUGUUGAUGGAUUUGUUGUCUGGCACAACAAUCUGAGCAACAACAUUCCUGCCCCUUCACCCCCUUCUAAAAGAGUAGAAGUGUAUCUAGACUGGCCAAAUGGUACUCUGUCUUUCUACAGCGUCUCUGGAAGACACACACUCACACACUUGUACACAUUCAAGACCACAUUCACUGAACCCAUCUAUGCUGGAUUUAAGGUUUUUGAUUCCUCACUGUCAUUGUGUAAGAUUACACAACAGACAAACAACUGACUUCUGUAUCCAUCGUAAUCAUUGUCUGUUUAUGAAAAAGUUUGAGUUAAGUAUAUAAUGAAUGAAUUUAACUAGAGAAAUAGUCAUUUCAUGUAAUUUAAAAGUAAUUUCAUGAUUCAAAUGCUACUAUUGUAAAACAUGAAUGAGGAAAAAUUCAAAAAAAUUCAGUCCCACUUUAUAGUAUGUGUCUUUACUAUAAGAUAUACUAUAUUUAUAUAUAUAUACACGUACGUAUAUGCACACGUACAAUAUACUUAAUUAUUCAAUUGAGUGCAUGUUGUCUGUUGAUACACUUUUGCUGCUAUUGAUGUGGAUACAGGUAUGGUUAAUGGUGGGUUUAAAGGUCAGGAUGGAGUGAACAGUGUAUUUACAGAUGCAACUACAGAAAAAGUACACAAUAGGUGAUUAAUUUAAAUGUUAGUACAUAGUGGUUAAAGACACUUAAUAUAAUAAACUGGGUCUCUAUAUUCAAUCUUAAAAGAGCACAUGUGAAUUUAAGGCAAACAUGCUUUCUUUGUUGAUUCAUACUUUAGACGUGUAAAAAUGGACAUGAGUCAUUUAACAGGUUUAGCAGGUUUAUAUGCUGAGCUUUCUGGGUCUUGUACUGUAUGGUGGUCUCAAUUCUAGAUAGUGGUUUUGAUCCUGUAUUCACCAGUUGAUUCUCAUAAACAUGGUGAGUUUACUGCUUGGGCUGCAAACAACUGCAAAUUUAAACUGUAAAUAAUAAAGCUCAUUAAAAAAACUUUCUGUGGUUCAGUUUAGUUUCUGAUUGUACACAUUCCUGAUUCUUGUGGAUAUUUUAGCACUUCUACCCAGUGUUUAUUGUUUUCAUCUACUUUAGAGUUUUAGAAAUAGAAAUUGUUUCAUUUUUGCUCCUUUAUUGAAAUUUAGCACCUGAUUAUACUUUUGGCUUGUUGUCAGUAUAAAAGUUGUAAUGAAUAAAAUACUGUGAAGGAUCUAUGAAUCCUUAAUAGCAGUCUGUGAUUGCGGCUUUAAUAGAGCAAACACACAUCUGUGUUUUACAUGCUUUUUCUUCCACCACAUUACCUUUUCUACAUAAUGUAUUUAUUUUAAUAAUGUUUGUUAUUUUUGUGUUACUGUUUACUCUUAACUGUAUGUUAGGUGCUGUGUUGCGUAGUAUAGAGUAAGUUAGAGAUAAAAGAAAAAGUCUCCAUUUCAAGGAUUUAUCAUCACAGGAUGAUGUUGUGAAGUCACUGUUGUUUUGGUAUAAAACACUUGUUGAAUUUAUGUUGGUCAGACAUUGUCUAACUAAACAUGGAAACCAAUGCAACUAAGAUUAUUUUUUUAAAAUUAAGAUUAUAACUCUACAUCACUUCAUCUCCUGCUUUCUGAACUCCAUUGUGUCUGUCUGUUUUGGGGCUGACAGAAAAAAGCAGAUCAUAGGUGACCAAUUAAGGCUCAUUGAUGCAUGUGUGGAGUGAAGGCUGGCCCGUGUGGUCUGAUACAACUGUUGAGCUACUGUAGCUCAGAUUGCUCAAAAGGUUAAUGCUGGUUCUGAUAAAAAGGUGUCAGAAUACACAGUUUAUUACGUAUGGGGCUGCAUAGCCACAGACCAGUCAGGGUGCCCUUGCUGACCCCUGUCCACUGCCGAAAGUGCCAACAGUAGGCACGUGAGCAUCAGAUCUGGUCCACAGUGCAAAGGAAGAAAGUGGCCUGGUCUGAUGAAUUACGUUUUCUUUUACAUCACAUGGAUGGCCAGGUGUGUGUGUGUCGCUUACCUGGGGAUCACAUGGCCCCAGGAUGCACUAUGGGAAGAAGGCAAGCUGGCGGAGGCAGUGUGAUGCUUUGGGCAAUGUUCUGCUGGGAAACCUUGUGUCCUGCCAUCCAUGUGAAUGUUACUUUGACACAUACGACCUAUCUAAGCAUUUUUGCAGUACACCCUUUCAUGGAAACGGUGUUCCCUGGUGGCUGUGGCUUCAUUCAGCAGGAUAAUGUGCCCUGCCACAAAGCAAAAAUGGUUCAGGAAUGGAGCACAACAAUAAGUUUGAGGUGUUGACUUGGCCUCCAUAUUCCCCAGAUCUCAGUCCAAUCAAGCAUCUGUGGGAUGUGCUGAACAAAGUCCAAUCCAUUGAGUCCCCACCUUGCAACUUCUCUUGCCCAUGUUCAUUUGGUUGCAGAAAUGGAUGAGUUGAUCCCAUCUAAAUGCUGCAAUCUUCUCUUUAUUAAUAUACUCAAAAUUAUACUUACCAAUCAAAAUAGCCUUUAACAUGUAAACAGAACAACCAAAACAUACAUAGAUGAGAAUAGACAACCAAGGAAACAAACAAAUGACUAUAUAUGAAGAGUU